CUUCCUUCUUCCUCCGCUGAUCUCUGAACUAAACCUGAACCUGCAUUAUACUCCACCUUCCUUCACCACUCUCCAUUCUCCAACAUUUCCUCUCAAUAAUUCAUUCUCUCAAUUCUCAAUUUGCCAGCUUCCACGCGUUUUCAAACCCCCACUUUUGCCGCUCCUUCUCCUACACCAACACUCUGCUCUUUUCCGCCUUUUCGCUUUUCCCAUUUGGUUCCCCCUUUUUGCUUUAUUCCCAGAUUUCUAAGGCAGUCGCUUCCACAGAUUCAUACAGUUUCAGGUAGCACUUAGGAGCAGAGCCAUGCCCAAGCUUUUGCUCCUUCUCUUUCUCUUACCACUGGCUUUUACCAAAUGGGUUCAUGCCUUUCUCCCCUAUAAUCUCUCUGAUUCUUCUCUCUUCGACUCUUAUCAAACCUCCUUUGCUGCUACCCUUAAUCCUCUCAUGGUGCCUCUCACUCUCAUUCAUGGAGCAGAUGCAAAACAAGCAGUCUGUUUGGAUGGCACUUUGCCUGGAUAUCACUUGCAUCGUGGAUAUGGGUCAGGAUCAAAUAGCUGGCUUGUUCAAUUGGAGGGAGGUGGAUGGUGCAACAAUAUCAGGAAUUGCGUCUAUCGAAAAACAACCAGGCGUGGAUCAUCAAGAUUUAUGGAGAAGCAGAUACCAUUUACUGGAAUCCUGAGUAACAGAGCUGAAGAAAAUCCUGAUUUUUUUAAUUGGAACAGAGUAAAGGUUCGUUACUGUGAUGGUGCCUCUUUUACUGGGGAUUCAGAAAACAAGGCUGCACAGUUGCAAUUUAGAGGACAGCGGAUUUGGUUGGCUGCUAUGGAAGCAUUGAAGGCUGAGGGAAUGCAAUUUGCUAAACAGGCUUUGCUUUCUGGAUGCUCUGCUGGAGGUUUGGCAUCUAUUCUACACUGUGAUGAGUUUAGAGACUUAUUUCCAAGAACUACUAAAGUAAAAUGUCUGAGUGAUGCUGGAUUAUUCCUUGAUGUGGUUGAUAUAUCUGGAGGGCACUACAUUAGAAGCUUAUUUGGAGGUGUGGUGCACUUGCAGGGAGCAGGAAGGAAUCUGCCAUCCAUUUGUACGAGACAUCUCGAUCCAACUUCGUGUUUCUUCCCACAAAAUUUAAUUGCUGGAAUCAGAACCCCACUGUUUCUUGUCAACGCAGCAUAUGAUUCCUGGCAGAUACAAUCCAGUAUAGCCCCACCUUCUCUGGAUCCAGCUGGGUAUUGGCAUGAUUGUAGGCUGAAUCAUGCAAAAUGUAACCAACCUCAGAUUCAAUUUCUUCAGGGAUUCAGGAACCAAAUGUUGAAUGCUGUUAGCGAUUUCUCAAAAUCCUCUAAAAAUGGGUUAUUUAUUAAUUCAUGUUUUGCUCACUGCCAAACUGAGAGACAAGACACAUGGUUUGGCGACAAUUCUCCUGUCAUCGGAAACAAGCCAAUUGCUCUGGCUGUUGGAGAUUGGUACUUCGAUCGAGCAGCGGUGAAAGCAAUCGAUUGUCCCUAUCCUUGUGACAGGACUUGCCACCAUCUGGUUUUUAGAAGCGGUUAGCUUCAAAGGCUGGUUUAUUCAUAUCCGCAAAUCAUUUUUUUCUCUCUCGGUAUCAUCAUCGAAGGGAAAGUUAUAUUGCAAUUUGAUUAAGAAGUCAAUAAACAAGAAAGAAGAAGCUGCUGAGAUGACAAAUGUGAUCUGCAGUCCUUCUGCAAACUUGUUUCAACAUAGAUGAAAGGUUGGUAUCAUCAUCCUCUAGUAAUUUAAAUAGUUGGAAUCAAUUAGCUUUUACCCUCAAUUGGAAAAGCUUUGAAUACCUUAUAAUGUUAAGCAGCAUUAAAGCAAAAGAGAAAAACCACAUCUUUAGUAUUCAAUUCAAAAUUUGACAGAGUUGGCAAUUUCAUUACAGUUGAACCUAAAUGUUUCUGAUAUAUGGUCCAUUUGGAUGUUAUGAUGUUACGUUCAAGGUUGUUAAUUAUGUUAUUCAUGUCUGAAUGUUGAUAA